AUGACUACCACCACCCCCAAUGGAGAUACACUUGCCACUGCGUUGAUGUCCGGCUGUGUGUCUACAGCCGUAGCCUCCACACUCACGUAUCCAUUGGACUGUAUCAAAACCCAACAGCAAUUGAAUAACGAGGUUACGAUGAAGAAAUUCAAUGUUCCGGGCAACUUCCCCAGCAGCAUUGCUCAGGUUUAUAAAGGAUGUAGCGCCUUGGUUUUGGGCAGUGUGGUUAAGAGCUGUGCUCGAUUGGUGUCGUACAACUGGCUGACAAAAUUUAUGGCCACAGACUCAGUGGAUGGACAUGGAAAUCACCACCGCAAAACUACGGCUCCACGAAUCGUAAUUGCUGGAGCUAUGAGUGGAACUUUAGAAUCUUUGUGGAUUAUUCCCUUUGAGAAUAUCAAGAUCGCCAUGAUCCAAAAUAUGUUAUUGACCAACGAAAUCUCCCGAACCGCCAAAUCUGGAAUGAAUGUCACCGGAGGACAUCCUCACCGCCAGAAGUUCGUUUAUGGAAAAUCCUACUUAUCGCCUCAUGCAUACUAUACAUGCGAUAUUGUGGCCCAGGUAAAGGGUGGUACUCAGAGCAGAUUUACUUCACCCCGUCACCCGACUCCUAAAGACAUCUUGAAAACCUCGUUCAACAACCAUCCUUCCCUGACAUUUUUCGGAACAGUUAAAGAGAUAUACCAGCUCAAAGGCUUGACUGGAUUCACUGCUGGUUCUUUCAUCACUAUAGUGCGCCAGGUGGCCGUCUCCACCGUAUGGCUUUCCUCUUACAAUGCCACCAGACAGCUUAUAGAUCCCCAUAGCAACUCUGCUUCGCAAGGCUGGUUUGGCCAUAACCAUACAUUUGUGCAGCUGUUGGGGCUCCAUCUACUCUCCUCUGCCGCCGUUAUAACUGUCACGCAGCCAAUUGAUGUCAUAAAGAGUCACGUCCAGCUGAAAAAUGGCAAGACUUUGUCCAAAGACUCACUUUCCACUGCCUACAGAUUAUUCAUGGAACAGGGUCCUCGAGCCAUGUUCAGAGGUGCAUUGCCCCGAGGGCUUAAGGUAGUUGUCAGUGGAGGGCUCACGGGCUCCAUCUACGAGUAUGUGAAUAAAAUUGUUCAUAUUGCUGGGUCCCAAACGGUAUUUGGCAACUGA